AUGACAAGAACAGAAAGUCUCGACCCUGAACGCGUCCUCGACCUAGCGACCAAAGCUCUUGGCGAGGGGCAGCCGAGUCUCAAAACACCCUAUGAAGCUGUCGCGCUGAUCGGACAUACCUGUAUGGUGGCAGUGGGCUUCAGGUUGGUGGGACUCGGAGAAGACCACAAUCUAGGUGAAUUACAUUCUGCUUUCUCGCAACUGAGAGCUUCAUCGCUAACAGCAACAGAAUCAUCCACAGACAGCCCCGCCCUCCCCGCAGAAUGGAACACUAACGAUACAUUUGCCUUCCGAUACGCGCACGAGCAAUCGUCCAUGCAAUACCUGCUCAAAGUGAGCCGACUGGGUGGCAACGUCGUUAUCAAUGCGCUGGCUUUAGGCGAUGAUCGCACCAGCUCCUUCGACCUCCCAGUGAAAGACUAUAUCUCCGGAUCUGCAGUUCCAUUGCCCGUCACAGAGAACAUCGCCGGUGCCCUGCAGGAUGUAUUCAUCUCCUCCGCGCGACUAAAUGACCUGAUCGGAUUAUUCAAAAUCAAUGUGAUUCAAAAACUGGCGCCGGGACUAUACAAGGAAGGAUACGAGGAUGCCUACCGCCACAUUCGGCCAGAGGCAGAACCACGACAUGAUCCCCUCCGCGAAGACUUCCCACAACCUGCACGUCCCUACCCAUUCAAUGAUCCUCUAGCCGCAGGACCGCGCAUGCCAAACCCACCGGACUUUCCCCCGCCCGGAUUCGAGGAUGAAUUUGAGCUCCACCGACCCCCUCGUGGAUACCCUCCAGGUCUAGGAGGAGGAAGAAAUCCCUACAACAUCGGAGACAGAGAUCUAUACCCCGCUGGAAUGGCCCCCCCCACGAUCCUCUACGUGGGCCCAUGGGCCCUGGCUUUGGGGGUGGGGGUGGUAUGCAUCCCACCUUUGAUGACCCUCUCUUUGGUGGCCCCGGUGGUGGCAGUGGAGUAUAUGAUCCUCGUGCUCCGCCGGGUGCGAGAUAUGACCCCGUUGGCCCUGGCGACCCUCCCAUGGGCGUAA